AGAAAUGUUCUUCGCACGCAAGAAUGCGCGAAGAUUGCGUUCGAAAUAAUGUCGAGUUCAUUCGUCGACAGAACAAUAUGUAAAAUUGGACUGUUCAAAGUCACACCAGGAAAGUUGCAUCAAGGCCAUUUUCUCAUCAUCGUUUCUCACCGCGAGAAGUGGGGAUGCCGAUAUUGUCCGCUCACCUAUAUCUGAAAGGGGGUCUCGGUGCUCUCUCGUUGGUAGUCAAUAGUAUAUCACCGGCUCUUGGAUCGUAACGGCACACGAAAUACUGGAGAGUUUUAAUGAGAGUUCUGCUAUAGCGCAUAUAACAUGAUAUUAAAUAUCAUUCCUUGCACGACGCUGCUUUAUUGGAUCGCGGCUAUUGUGUCGGGUGGUGUAAUAUUGCUUCUGAUAGGCCUCCGUUUGUACGUUUUUUGCACUUUGGGCAUUUGCAAAAGUAAAAACCGUAUGGAUGGUAAAACGGUAAUAAUCACCGGAUGUACCUCCGGUAUUGGUAAGGAGACAACAAGGGAUCUCGCCAAGAGAGGUGCGAGGAUCAUUAUGGCAUGCAGAAACACGGAUAUUGCUAAUCAGUUAAAAGACGAGAUUGUGAAAGAAUCAAACAAUGGCAAUAUCACAGUCCGUAAAUUGGAUUUGUCAUCGUUGCAAUCGAUCAGAAAGUUUGCGUGGCAGAUAAAUCAAGAGGAAAGCAGAUUGGACGUGUUGAUCCAUAAUGCUGGGACUGCAGAGACUUUCAGGAAAAUAGUUACGGAAGACGGACUAGAACAGACUAUGGCUACCAAUUACUUUGGGCCAUUUUUGCUGACGCAUCUUUUAAUCGAUUUAUUGAAACAAUCGAAACCAAGUCGCAUCAUAGUGGUUGCGUCAGAACUUUAUCGAUUAGCGUGUUUAAAUCUUGACAAUAUUAAUCCAACAUUGACCUUGCCGGCGUAUCUGUAUUACGUAUCAAAGUAUGCGGAUAUAGUCUUUACAUUGGAGCUGGCGCGACGUUUAGAGGGCUCGGGAGUGACGGCAAAUUGCUUACAUCCCGGGAUGAUAGACAGUGGAAUCUGGCGAAACGUACCCGCUCCGUUAUCUUGGGGUUUGAAAUUAAUAGUUAAGGCUUUCUUCAAAACACCCAAGCAAGGCGCACAUACGACUAUUCAUCUCGCAGUUUCUGACGAACUUAACGGAGUUUCGGGAAAAUACUUUAUGGAUUGUGCCGAACGUGGAUUAUCGAAUGCUGUGAAGGAUCCUGCUAAAGGCAAGAAAUUGUGGGAAUUAAGCGAGCCUCUGGUGAGGUUGCAAUCAUCAGACCCGAAGAUUUAAAUGCAAUCUUUUUUGUAAAUUUUUAUAUAAUUUUUAGCAUUUGUUAUAUAAGUAACAAUUUUUUGUACUUAAGAUAUAUUUUAAUAAUGAUUUCACUUAACUUGCCAGUACAACUUGCCUCAUAAUGAAGUAUCGAAACUUUAUUAAUAAAUAUUUUUUAUACUAAAAAAUAAUUUUGCAAAUAUUAUAAUUUU